AUGUCUUCAAAGGCCCUGAGUCUGCCUCCCAAUUACCACCUAUACUUAAGGGAUGUCGUACAAUUUCUGGAGAAAAACGAGGUUUGUGAGGAUUUUUUUUUUUGAUUUUUAGGGAUCCCAGUAGCCGAGAAGCUUCAAAAAAACGCAUUUACUACGGUUUUGUGAAUCAAAAAACUUGAAAAAGCGAAUUUCUAUCAAAAAAUGUGCGCAUUUUCGUGAGAAAUGUAGUUACCUUGUUCAAACUUUCGCUUUCAAACAUGAACUCUUGAUGUCAAAAUACUGAUCCUGUACUUUUCCAAGGGGAAAACCGCCAUUCCUUCUUUCCAAGAUUUAAAAAAAAUCUUUGACAGUCCUGAAGCUGGCUGUAACUUAGAUUCUCAAAUUUUUUCAUUCGUACAUUUUCUUAUUGCUGAGUCACACUUAGAAUGGUUCAAAGUGCCGCUUUUAAAAUAUUGAAUACCUCAGAGCCUUGUUCAAGCUUUCUCAUGUGACAGGGCGUAAUUCGUUUUUGGUCGGGCGCAAUUAUUAAAACAGUCAUUCUAAUCGCGAACAUGUUCCUUCAUGAUCGGGUGGAUAAUUUAUGAAUUUUCCAAAUAUUUUUUUCAGGUUUGAAAUGUGAUCUUGAGAGACUUGACAAGCCAUUUUGAAUAGAAAUUCUCUGGUCCUCUUGUUUUUGCUCACUAUUUCGCAAAAAACUUUCUAAAAUUUUUGAAAAUCCUUACUCUGGUUUUCUGUACUAGCCGGAAAAUGCUCGAAAUGCUCAUUUUUAGGGUUUCAAAACGACGACCCGAGGUUCGAUGUACCAAACGGCGAUCAUUGGCGGGAGCACUUUGCUCGGAGGCCUGGCCGGCGGGAGAAAUGGGGGACUUUGGGGUGCCCUUUUCGGCGCCGUUGCGGGAAUGUACCUCGUCGAGGACUAUCAAGUAAAAAUCCCCAUUAUUUUCUUUUGAAGAAAACUAAAAUUUCCAGGGCAUUCCCCAGCAAGUCAUGCAGUUAUCCGACUACGAAAAGAAACAACUUGUCGAAAAAGUAGGUUCAAUUUUUUUUUAAUAUUUUGGCUAAGGAUGCCAAAAUUCAUUUGAAAUCCUUGAAAAUCCCGUAAGACGACAAAAUAGCCGUCUUACUUUGGAGAAAGUGCGCCCCAGAGAUAAUUUGUUUUUUUUCGCGUCUUUUUUCAGUCAGUGAUUGAUUAUCUUUUUAGGAAAGUGCGCUCCAGGGAUAAUUUGUACUUUUUGCGUGUUUUUUGUCAAUAAUUGACUUUUUCUUGAGGAAACUGCGCUGCACGGACCAUUUUACUGACUUUUUUUGCGUGUUUUUAGUCACUAAAUCAUUUUUCUUGAGAAAAUUGCGCUCUAUGGAUAAUUCGAAAGUUUGCGUUUUUCUAGUCACUAGUUCAUUUUUCUUAGGGAAAUUGCGCUCCACGGACAAUAUCUACUGUUUUGCGUGUUUUUAGUCAUUAAACCAUUUUUCUUGGAGAAAUUGCGCUCCACGGACAAUAUCUACUGUUUUGCGUGUUUUUAAUCAUUAAACCAUUUUUCUUGGAGAAAUUGCGCUCCACGGACAAUAUCUACUGUUUUGCGUGUUUUUAGUCAAUAAAUAAUUUUAUUGAGGAAAUUGAGCUCCAGGGAUAAUAUGAACUGUUUUGCGUGUUUUUAGUCAUUAAACCAUUUUUCUUGGGGAGAUUGCGCUCCAGGGAUAAAGUGUCCUUUUUGCGUAUUUUUAGUCACUAAAUCAAUUCUCUCGGGAAAGUUUGCUCCAGGGUUAACAUGAAAUUUUCGCAUAUUUUUUAGUCACUGGUUCAUUUUUCUUGGGGAAAACGCGCUUCAGGGAUAAUUUUUACUUUUUACGUGUUUUUAUAGUUUCUAUUAGAGCCUCGGCAAAGCAAAUCGGACGUUUCUCAGCAACCUCAAGGGGUCACUUGAGAGUGACCGCUAAAGUGAUCCCUAGAAACGCUCAGAAACGUCCGAGAAGCGUCCGGUUUGCAUUACCGAUGUUCAAAUAGUUACAUUUUUUGAAAAAGGCAAAUUUCCAGAUAACAAAGGCGGUCUGUUCGGUCAAAUACUCGGACUUUCUCGAUUGGGUCGUACUGGACAACAAUAAAUUCGAAAUCGCCAGUCUGAUGAUAAUGGCCGUCCAACAUGUGGCUUCAGAGUGA